UACCAUGUUCAGGGAUGAGUACGUUCCCCCGGUGGAGCGGGAACGAUUGGUUCAGGAGUUCUUAACCCUCAAGCAGGGUACUGAUUCGGUGGCGGCGAUCACGCGGAAGUUCCACGAGAGGGCGAUGUUUUGCCCCGAGCUAGUGGCCACAGAGCAGGCUCGGAUGAGCCGGUACUUGGGUGUUCUGAGGAGGGAGAUCCGGGAGUUUGUGUCAAACUCCACUUACCAUACUUUUACUGAGCUUCAGGCGAAUGCCAGGAAGCGUGAGAUCGAGUUAGAGACUCAGGCCAGGGAGGAGGCCGAGUCUCAGCAGGCAGACCGGCGACCGGCUCAGUCUCAGCCGGCAGCCAAGCGGAUCAAGUCCGCCGAUUCGAGGACGGGAGGUUCGAAGAACCGCACUUGCGUAAAGUGCGGUAAGGGUCACGAUGGGGCGUGUCGAGCCGGUGCUUGCUACAAGUGUGGCAAGGAGGGACACAUUGCUAGGGAGUGUCCCAAGGGAUUUAUGGUUUGCUUUCAUUGCAACCAGACCGGCCAUCGGAAGGCCGAGUGCCCUCAGCUUCGUCAGGGAUCUGCACCUGUUGCCAGGACUACUGAGACUCGACCGGUGAAGGUCGAGGCCCCGAGGGCUCGUGGGAGAGCCUUUCAGCUGACUGCGGAGGAGGUCCGCGCUGCGCCCGAUGUUGUGGCAGGUACUAGCGAGGACCGUGGGAAGGCGCCGGCAUGAUCGAUACACACUGAAGAUUGUUUUAUGAUCUUGGGAGUUUGAAUAAUUGUAUUGACCGAAUAAAUAAAC